AUGCAGUUGGAGCUGAUCCCUGGGACAAUAAUACUGUUCAUUCUCUUUCUGCUCAUAUUCUGGGCCUUCCGGUUUCAGCAAGAAAGAGUCAGAUUUCCUCUUGGCCCUCCACCCUGGUUCCUUCUGGGGAAUCUACUGCAAAAAGAUGUCCUGCCUCUGUAUAAAAACUACCAAAAGCUUAUUAAGAAGUAUGGUCCAGUUUUUACUAUCUGGCUAGGACCAAAGCCAUUGGUUGUAGUUUGUGGAUAUGAUGCAGUGAAAGAUGCCCUGGUAAUUCAUAGUGAAGAAUUUGGAGGACGAUCUCCUAUACCUAUCUUUGAUCAAAUAACCGGGGGCUAUGGGCUUAUUGGUGAAGACGAAAGAUGGAAGGUUCUACGUCGCUUUACUCUCAGUACACUAAAGAACUUUGGAAUGGGAAAGAAGUCGAUGGCUGAACGGAUGUCAGAAGAGGGUCUCUAUUUGGUGGAGAAGAUAUCAAGCUUUGAAGAAAAGCCUUUCGAUGUAGUCCCAACCAUCUCAGCUGCUGUUUCUAAUGUGAUGUGUGCUGUUGUCUUUGGGAAACGAUUUUCUUAUGAUGAUAAAAUCUUGAAUGAAAUACUGGAAAUUUUGAAGAAGUUCAUAAGUUUCUUUUUGAGUCCUCCUGGAAUGAUGUACAGCACUAUGCCAAAUGUCAUGAAAUUCCUUCCUGGACCUCACAAGAGAACCGUCUUCGAUUGUAACAAGAUUUGUGACUACAUUAGGACUAGAGUGGACUCUCACAAGAAGACCCUGGAUCCAGACAAUCCCAGAGACUUUAUUGAUUGCUUCCUUCUUAAAUUAGAAAAGGAACAAAAUUCUAAGAUUAUCUGUAUGGAAGACUUGGUCAUGACUGUGUUCCAGCUGUUAAUUGCUGGGACAGAUAGCACAGCCAAUACUAUUGCAUAUGGUAUUAUCCUUCUGGCCAGAUUCCCAGAGGUCCAAGCAAAAAUCCAGGAGGAAAUCGAUGAGGUUGUGGGACAAAACCGUCAGCCCUCCAUGGAGGAUAAGAUAAAGCUGCCCUACACCAAUGCAUUUGCUCAUGAGAUACUACGUUUUCAGCCUGGGAGUAGUGAGAACUUCCCACGUACAACAACCCAAAAUAUGAUUUUCAAGGGACACUUCAUCCCUCAGGGUACAACUGUUCUUCCAUUGUGGGCUUCAGUGCAUUUUGAUCCUCUCUGCUGGGAAAAUCCUAACACGUUUGACCCAAGUCAUUUCUUGGAUAAGAAUGGUGAAUUCCAAAAGAAGGAUGCCUACUUGCCUUUCUCUGCAGGGAAGAGAGCAUGUCCAGGAGAGUCAUUGGCUAAUAUGGAAAUCUUCAUAUCGUUUACUAAUCUACUUCAGAAGUUCACUUUUGAAUUGACUGUGGACCCUAAAGAGGGAGACUUAGAUAACUUGUUUAUGGACUGUAGGGAUGAUGGGAAGCAUCGGUACAUUCGGGCCAUCAAACGCACCUCCCGCCAUUCAAAGGCUUCUUCCCGCCAGAGCCAAGCAUCUCGAGCCUCAAGGGCGGAGAGCAUUGCCGCUCGUCUUGCAGAAGCGCGAAUCAACACUGCAAUGGCUGGAGUCGCUGUCCAAGCAGCAGUAGAAGACCAGCAGCAUAAGGAAGACCUGGCCAAAGCUCAAGCCAACUAUGAGAUUUCACAGCGACAACAGAAGGCAAAAGAGGCUGCCCAAAUAGAAGCAAUUCUGCAGAGAGAGCUAGAUAACACUACAUCUAUGAACAGGCUGGAAGGGCUAUCAAGAGAAAGCCCCCAUAGCCGCGUGCAGGCCUACGUGGAUAACCAAUGCACAUUCCAACAUGAACAGCUCAACGCCGGAGCAGAGGAGUUCAGACCAAACCAACAAGGUUCCUCGCCAGUCACAUGGCAAACCACCCUCAGCCGACAAUACGCCCAAGGAGGUUACCAGCCAGCCAUGGCCCACGCCACCGCUCCAAUAAGCGUUGCACCACCUCCACCAGGCUACAACCCACACAUGGCUGCAAUGCAUUUCCCAAUGUGCUGUAGCAGAAGGGUGGACUUGGCAGCCAAAGGAGUACAAAAAUUCACUGACAAACCUGGAAAAGACUACUUAAUGUGGAAGCACGUUUUCAAGCGCGCCAUCGAGUUGGAGGGGGUCGGGCCUGAGGAAGAACUUAUCCAGCUGACAGCCUGGCUAGGCCCAAAAUCCAUACUCACAGCGAAAAACAUUUACUCAGCCCAUCUGGGCGACCCUGAGGUAAAUCUUUUAGGAGAUGUCAGAUCAAAAGUGAUGGUCAACAUGUGGGAGAGAGCAGAUCCCCAGUUAAUUACUGGCAUAUUUAAGGGGAAGAAAGGGAAGUAA